AUGACCUUUUGUAAAACAGAAAAAAAAAAGGGAUUUUUACGAAAAAUAAUAAAAGUUUCAAAUUUUACGUGUUAUUACAUGUCGUUAAAAUUAGAAGCCAUAUGUGCUAAAUUGAAUAAAAAUCUAUCUGAACAAUCAUUAUUAAAUGAUACAGAAGAACAUCAGCAAUUAGAGAAGGAAGCGACAAACGAUGAUCGGACUAACGAUAGUGAUGGUACAAAAUUAACUGAAUCAAAAUCAACAAUAUAUACUGUUAAUGCAGCUAAUCGACGGAAAUGUUCAGCGAUUACAAAACGUUCUUUACAAAAAAUGUCUUCAACAGCAAUAACAGCAAAAACAUCUUUAAAUGAUUCAAAUGAAAUUGAAGAAGGAGAAAUUGUACAAAAAAAAUUGAAAAUAGAGACACCAACUUCUGAAAAUGUAUUAUCACCUGAAAUUGAAAUUGUUGAGCAAAAUAUGGUGGAAGACGACGAUGAAGAAGAAGAAGAAAUGGAUCAAGAUUCAGAUCAAAAUUGUACGUUAGCGAAUAUAACAAAUCAAAUAUUAUCAAGUGCACAACAAAAAGAAUUAAUUAAAAGAUAUUCAUCGUCGAAUGAAUGUGAAAAUUCUUCGUGUGAAACAUUGUAUCAAAAAGAACAUUUUCAUUGUUCUAUAUGCAAACACAAGGUGUUUCAACGUAGAGAAGAUGCUAUUCGACAUAUAAAAUGGCAUCGUAAACGUGAAGAAUCAUUUCAGUAUGGUUUUUUAAGAUUUAGUACUUGUGAUAAUUGCCAACGAUAUUUUCAAAAUUGUCUACAUAAUGGUAGACAAACACAUUAUCAUUGUUUAGAACUUGGUUGUACAAAAGUGUAUGCGAGUACAUCUGAUGUUCAAAUGCAUGCUACGGCUCAUAAGCGAGAUCAAUUAAUAUUAUAUCAAGGUUUUCGACGUUUUCGUUGUUCGGACGUUUGCAAUUGGGCUGAAUGUCAAUAUUAUAAGAACAAAAUUACACAUUUUCAUUGUUUAAGACAAGAUUGUCAUUUCUCAUUUAAACAACGUUCAGAUAUUGAAAAACAUAAAAUGUAUCAUGCAAAAGAUGAAAAACUGAUGAAAGAUGGUUUUAAAAAAUUUUCGAAAAAAGAAUAUUGUCAUUUUCCAGAUUGUAAUCUAUCGAAAACAGCUAAUCAUAUCCAUUGUAUGAGACAAGAUUGUGGUUAUAUUUUACAUUCCAUUUCACAAAUGUUGACUCAUAAACGAAAACAUGAAAAACAUCAAACAGAAGCAAACAAGAACCACCAGGCGGUUGUUAAAUCUCAAUCAAAUGUCAGUGUCAAUCUACGCAGUUCAACAUUACGAACAAUAAUAAUAUCAAAUAAUUCAUCCUCAUCAUCGAGUAAUUGUAAAGAACAGCAAAAUGGACUAGAAAUUGAUGAAGAAAAUUAUUUAAAUCAACAAAAACCAAUAAGAUCAUCAAGUGCAACAACAACAGAUGAUGAUACAUCUCCAAAAUCGCUAUAUAAAUGUUUUAAUUCAAAUUGUUGUUUAUAUUCAUCAUGUAAAUAUUUUAAACAAAAACACUUUCAUUGUUUGUUAAAAACAUGUCAAUAUUCAACGACUGAACAAGCACAUGUACUUGAACAUGAAAGUGAUCAUACAAUGGAAGAACAAAUUCUUCGUACUCAUUAUUCUUACAUGCCACCGUUUACAUGUAUGCCACAAUGUGAACUCUAUACACAAACACAUUAUCAUUGUGUUGUGGGUUCAUGCGGUCAAAUAUUUCCAUUGAAUUCACCAUUGUUCUCAAAAUUGGAACAUUAUACAACACAACAUGAGAAUGAGGACAUAAAACGUUAUAAUGGUGAUAAUUUACAACAUCGCAAGAAGAAUAAGAAACAUAAAUCUCUUUCACCGUUAAAACGUAAAAAAUAUAAAUCCCCAAUAUUAUUAAACAACGAAAAACGUCAUCUAUCUUCGACAUCAACAACAAUCGAUGAUGUUCCGACUUCAGGACUAACACUGUCCGUAGAAAAUGAUCAAUAUCAAUGUUUACAAUCGUCAUUGUCAUCAAUCGAUGUUGCAGAAUAUGAUAAUGAUGAUGAAACUGCAUCCGUUAAUGAAGAAAAUAGCGAAGAAGAAGAGGAAGAUUUAGCAAUAGGCUCCGGUUUUUGUUUUGAACAAAUAUCUCCAACGAUUCCGCAAACCAAUCAGAAUGAAACUGAACAUAGUCAUCGCCAUCAAUCAGUUGUUGUAAAUCCUGUUGUACCUGAACUAUUAUUAUCGUCUACUGUUACCACUAUAACUGGUCCACCAUAUAAUUCCAUUUUAUUACCAGUACCAAAAUAUAUCACUCCAUCGUCUUCAAACGAUGAUUAUCACGUAUCUACAUCAUCAUCAUCCUCCGUUCAGCAUAAAAAGACUUUCCAAAAUGAUGAUACCGGUGUUCAAUUAAUUGAAGUUUACUUAUAUUUACAACGUUUAAUGAAAACUCAACCACCUGUUCAAAGUAUCUGGUCCAAAUUAAAAUCUGAAAUGUUUUACAUGAAACAACAACAACCACAAGUAACAAGCGGUAGUUGUUUACGUCCCUAUUGUAAAUAUCGUCGACAUUGUCAUUAUCAUUGUAAACAAUGUGAUCAAAGUUUUAUGCAAUCGGAUAAAUUACAGCAACAUUUAAUCAAGCAUGGUUAUCAUAUAUCCACGAUUGAUAAAAAUUUAGUUGAUUUAUGGGAAACAACAUUUAAAAUUGAUAUAUCGUGUGUUAUUCAUUUGCAAAAACAAAUAUUGGACAAUGUUAACUUACUUCAUAAUGAAACAACAACGUUGUACAAUCAAAUUCAAUUAAUUAAAAACCAAUUACAACAACAAAAAAUAACCUCGUCUCCGUCUGUUCAACAACAAGAGAAUCGGUCACCCGUUGAAUCUGUUCAGGAAGAAGAAGACGAGAUCGAUGGUGAUGUUGUUUUGUUACAACAAGAACGUACAUUGUACAAAUCAACUGAUCCCUGUCCUGUUGUCAACUGUCCAUUUGCCGCACAAAAAGAUCAUUUUCAUUAUUCACAACAACAACAACAACAGUCAGAUUCAGAUGUACCAGAAGGAUUUCAACGUUUUUCCAUUGGUGAAUCAUGUCUCUUUAAUCACUGUUCUUAUUCACAAGUGACAACACAUUAUCAUUGUUUAAGAUUAGAUUGUUGCUAUCAUUUUACCGAUAAAAAUCGAUUUCAAACACAUUUAGAUAAACAUGUUAAAUCGGACCAACUAUUGUUAACUGAUUUUCAAAUGUAUCGUGGACAAUUAUUGGAUUGUAAUAAUAUUUCAUGUAAAUAUCGUCAACAAAAACAAACACAUUAUCAUUGUUUAAGAUGUAAAACAUUCUCAUGUCAUGAUACAUCAAAAAUUCUCUCUCAUCGUAAACAUCAUGAAAAAGAAGUUUAUCUUAAACAUUUAAAUAUUAAAAAAACUUUAGCUACCGAACAAUGUUUAUAUUGGAAAACAUGUAUUCACUAUAAAAAUAAGCAAAUGCAUUAUCAUUGUUGUUAUCGACAAUGUAAAUAUUCAUCAAUUGGUCCCGGACAAAUGAAAACACAUCGACAACUGAAACACAUAGAUGGUGAUGAAGAAGAUAUUGAAAAAUAG